AUGAGUGCCAUUCUCUCCGCAGACGACCUGAACGACUUUAUUUCUCCAGGAGUCGCCUGUAUAAAGCCGGUUGAAUCUCUUCCGAAAAAGCAGCCCUCAGAUCCAGAGAACGCAUAUGAAGUUACCACAGAAGACAAAGUACAACCCGAAAACCUACCUCCGGCGGAGAUCUCCCUCACCGAUUGCCUCGCAUGUUCUGGCUGUGUGACGUCCGCUGAGGCGGUACUGGUUUCGAUGCAGUCGCACGCGGAGGUUUUGAAUACCCUCGACGCGCACCCUGAGAUCAGAUUGGCUAGCAACGAGAGUGGGACGAUAGUGGAGGAUAAUGCGCAGAUAACAGAUGAUGGUCGGAUAUUCGUUGCCAGCGUCAGUCCCCAGGUGCGCGCAAGUUUGGCAGCCACGUACGGAAUUUCGGAGAAGGAGGCGAAUAACAUAAUCCAUCAAUUUCUGAGCGGCCCACAAGGAUUAAGGGCAGGAGGAAAACAUGGGAGCGGCUUCACCUGGGUCAUCGAUACCAAUACUUUGAGGGAAGCGGUCUUGGUUUUGACAGCCGAUGAGGUCAGUCAGUCAUUGACAUCGAAUGCUGACGGUUCAACAAUGCCCAAACGACCCAUUCUUUCAUCAGCAUGCCCAGGCUGGAUCUGCUACGCUGAAAAGACUCAUCCGUUCAUCCUUCCCCAUCUAUCAAAACUGAAAUCACCCCAAGCUCUGGCAGGAACUCUUUUGAAGACAAGCAUCAGCAAGAAGCUUGGUGUACCCGCCUCCCAUAUCUGGCAUUUGGCAGUCAUGCCUUGCUUUGAUAAGAAGCUCGAAGCUAGUCGAGAAGAGUUAACCGAUGCUGCUUGGAACAGAGUUUCUUCGAGCGAGCCCAACACUCCUGUUCGUGACGUCGACUGUGUCAUUACUUCGCGCGAGCUUCUAAGCCUAGCAUCGUCGCGUGGGAUUUCACUUCCUACAUUACCCAUGAAUCGUCUCCCGCCGUCAUUACGCCCCUCAUUCCCUGACCCGACCCUCAAUACAUUUCUUUUCUCGAACGACUCGCCCUCAAGACAGUCAAUUGCCUCUGGCACCUCUGGAGGCUACCUUCAUAGCGUGCUCCUGGCCUUCCAAGCUCGCAACCCAGGAAGCGAGAUUGUUACUCAGCGAGGCCGAAAUGCGGAUGUUGUGGAAUACACUCUGACGUCUCCUGGAGGUAAACAAAUUCUGAAAGCUGCCCGUUAUUACGGAUUCCGAAACAUCCAAAAUCUUGUCCGAAAGCUCAAGCCCGCGCGGGUAUCCAGACUUCCAGGUGCCAAGGCGCCCGCUGGCGCAUCAGCCGGAAGUCGACGACAACCUGUAUCACGAAACGGAGCUGGCGGGGGGGCAAGCACGGAUUAUGCGUACGUGGAGGUUAUGGCGUGCCCUGGUGGCUGUACCAAUGGCGGAGGUCAGAUACGGAUUGAAGAUGCUCGGGAAAUCAGUACACCAAGCGGUACUUUAGCAGCGCCUGAGGGUUCAAAGCCGUCACCACAUGAGCAGCGCGCGUGGCUUGCCCGCGUGGAUGAAGCCUAUUAUUCAGCUGAGUCGGAUGGAGAAGAUGAGAUGGACUAUUCACAGCCACUCUCCGUCGCAGAGAAUGAGAGCAGAGUUCACAACGCAAUGCAAUACUGGUCUGCAAUGACGGACAUACCACUCUCAACGCUCGCCUACACGACGUACCGCGAAGUGGAGAGCGACGUUGGCAAACCGGUUGCGCCGGACGACACUACACGAGUGGUUGAGCUGGCGGGGAAGAUCGGUGGUGGUUGGUAG